AAAUGAAUGAAGAAAUUAAUAAGAAAAAAGAAUCAUCGAAUGAUCAGAAAUCAAGCAAAUCAGCUGAACCAACCGUACAAAAUGAAACGAAACCAGCUAUAAGUGGCCAGAAACAACAGGAGAAACCGUCGACGACAAUUAAACCAUCUCUACCCAUCGUAACAGAACAAAAGAAUCAACCACAAGGGACUUCAAUCUCAACUCAACCGUCAAUGUCGAAUGUGAGUACGCCCUUUAAAUUUGGUGGUAGUGGAUUUUCAACGACAGCUGGGAUUGGCAGCACUUUCCCUUCAAUAUUUGGUACAAGUUCAGCAAAUGCAACAUCAAGCACAGGGUUUCAAUUUGGUUCUAUUGGAACAAUAUCUACCAGUACCACAUCUACUGCCACAACAACAGCCGGUGAUGUAAAUAAUAGUUUUCGUUUCGGGGCACCAUCAACAACAACGGCUGCCAACGGCUUUUCCGGUUUUCAGUUUGGAACAACGACAAGUACUCCCAAGCCAUUAUUUCAAACAUCCGUCACAUCCAGUUUUGCCGAUUUGGCAAAAAAAACACCGACCAAUAAUGUGGAGAGUGAAAAAGAGCGAGUAUUUCCUGGGCAAGGCACUCCAGUAUUCGGUUCAACACCAAAAAAGAGUGAUAAUGCUCCUCCGGCUGAUGAGAAUGAUGAUACUGGUGGUGAUCCCGACGAGUCCUAUGAACCAUCCGUGACAUUUC